AUGAAUCCAGAGUUGAAACGCUCUGCUCCUGAUGUCUCACGCUCGGCACUCCCUCGUUACCUUGGGCUAAAAUCCCUCGAGUGCAGAGAUGUUGAGGCCUCCGCUAUUCCUGACCUGCUCAACUUUAGGAAAGGAUGGAUAAUGCGGCAGGAUGCAUCUGGACAGUGGCAGAAACACUGGUGUGUCCUGACUGACCAAAUCCUGAGGUUCUACAAAGAUUCAAUAGCUGAGGAGGCAGCUGAUGUGGAGGGUGAGAUAAACUUGUCCACAUGUUUUGACAUCAAAGACUACCCAGCUCAGAAGAACUGUGGUUUUCAAAUUCAUACCAGAGAUGGCGUGUACACACUCUGUGCUAUGACCUCUGGGAUGAGACGCAACUGGGUCCAGGCAGUGUUGAAGAAUGUGAGGCCCAGUCCUCCACCUGACAUCACAAACUCCCUUUCAGAGCAGAAGAGUCAACAGAAAUCGCAGCAUACAGACUCACAGUCAGCUGAGGGUCUGGAGAAAGCUGAACGCUCAAACACCUUUUUUCAAGAGCACAAAACCAGUGUCAGAGGAUGUGCAGAGGAAACACAUCAGCAGCAGAAAAUGCAGGAGCCUAAACUGCAGCCAGAGACAGAGCAGAGUUCUGCUGAUGGAAGCUCUGCAACGUCCACAAUCUCCUCCUCUCAUCAGUCCUCCCCCGUCUCACCCUCCAUCUCCUCUGCUCCGACUCCCAUUAGUCGUCCACAGCAGGUAGAGGAGGGUGAAGGUGCUUCCUGUCUUCCUGUUGCAACCACACAGACUGGUGUGACAGAUGCAUCAUCAUGCGUAGAAGGAGCUGGAAAUGACAGCUCUACUUCCACAACAAUGCUGUCGAAUGUUGAGUGUUUCAAUGAAUUUUCAAAUACACAGAGUGAAACUGAGCAAACUAAAACCACACCUCAGAGCGAUAAUAUCACCUGUGAGUGCAACAAGGAGGCAGAAAAAUUGCACUGUGAGCAGCAAACUGGACAACUUGUCAAAGAGCUGGAACAAACACAGAGAGAACUAUCUCGACUCCAGCAGCUAAACAGGAAUCUGCAGGAUGAGCUCAAACAAGAGAGAGAAAGUCAUUCAUGGGAAACGGUUCAUCCACAGAAUGAUCCUCCCUCAAACUCAUGUUCGGACCAUGCAUUGGCUUUACAGCGUCUGCAGAAGAUAAACCAAGACCUCCGCUUUGAGCUGGAGGCUCAAAAGAGGGGCCAGGAGGAAGCCAGGGAAGUUGAACUACGGCGAAGAGUAGAUCUCCUGGCUCAACAAGCACAGUUGCUGGUCACGGGUGAUGCCACAGCACUCGCACAAGCCCAUCUAGAGCAAGACCGUCGGUGGUUUCAUGAGCAGCAGAUAGAGUGGGAGCGCUGCAUGGCCUCUCUGAAGUCCCAGCUGAGUGCCAGCGAGGAGCAGAGGAGGGAGGCCGCGUCACGGUUCACACAGCUGCAGCAGGAGUUGCAGAGUUACCACAGUCUCCAACAGGAGGCUGAUCGCUUACACAAACACCUCCAAGAGGUCACAACUCAACUUCAUGCUAAUGAGGAAGCGCAGGCUCAAAAAGAGGCUCGUCUGCAGAAGCACCUCACGCUCCUUCAAGAAAGUCAGGACAGAGAACGGAAGAGCUUGGCUGCCAGCCUGGCACAGGCAGAGCAACACUCACAAGACCUUCAGCAGAGACUGGAUCGGGCUGAACAGCAGGUGGAGAGCCUAAAUAAGACCCAGGCCUGGACCAGAGAUAUUGAGGAAGCUCAACGGCAGCUUCAAGAGGAGCUGGCGUGCACAAUAUCUGCUGUGGAAAAACUUCAAGAGGAAAGAGAGCAGCUUGACCGUCGCUGUCAGGAGCUGCAGAACCAGUUAUGUGAGGCAGAUGGGGAGGUGAACAGGCUGCAAAGUCGUUUGAAAACAGAUGAGACACACUAUUACAAUCUCGAGCACUCAUAUGAGAGAGUUAGUGAGGAACUGCAGGUGGCCUUAGGGAAGGUGCAGCAAAUGGAGACUGAAACACAGGACAUGCGAGAAGGCUACGAGAGACUCCUGGACAGGAAGGAGCAAGAGCUGAUUGAGGUUUUGCUGAAGAUGGAAGUCUUAGGUAACAGUUUGGAGGAGACAGAAGUGAGGCUGAACAACGUAUUGAGAAGUUGCAUCUGUGCAUCUUCUAAGCUGAGGGAUGGAUCCUCAGGGCCAAAGGCAGGAGACCAAUUGUCUAACAGCUCAAAUGCAGUUGAACAUGCAGGAGAUGACCCAGAAAGAUUUAUGUCUGUGAUCCAUACGCUUGAAACAAAGCUUUAUGCAACAGAAGAGAAGCUAAGGGAUAUCAUGCAAAGACUGGAGGAGCACCAUAGCCACAUCAGCUGCCAGGACCCCCACCUUUGCUCCCAGCUCACUCGGAGCAGAGCCACUGCUCAGCACCUCAGUCUGAUGCUUCACAGUCAGGCCAAGCAGAGCCAGCACUUUGCCCAGGAGACAGAGAACCGCUGCAGGAUGUUGGUCGGUAGGUUUCAGGUCGCACUGAAUAUCGUGCAAGCCUGCAGAGAGAGGCUGCAAGCUAAGCCCAUUAAUAUUACAGACUUUGAGAGGCAACUGGCCACCGUUGCUGCGUGCCUUCAGCAAGGAGAGAAAGAUGCAGAGAAACAGCAGCGUGAAUCACACAACGCCAGCAAAGGAGAGAACAAGAUCCUCAACGAUGAGGUAUUAGCUGGAGCUGAGAGCAACACUAGUGCUGAGAGUAAACUCACUAAUACUGUACACUCAGAGGACAACAUUGGAAGUGUUGGGAGGUGUUUAAUGAGGGAAGUAUUUGUUGUAGAAAAAAUGGUGUCUGUCCUUCAGAGUCAACCUGGGCAACUGUUCUUAGCACCAAGAGAGGAUGAGGGGGGUUUGGCACACAGGUACAAGAGCAUAAUCUCCCAAAGAAUAGCCUUAAAAACAGAAAAAAGGACUCAGUCUGGAAGAGCAGAAUGUGAUAACAAUGGGUCUUUAGAGAGUGUCAUCAGUAGAGUCUGUGCUGAAGCAGAGCUUAUUUAUAGGGCCUUAAAGUUUCAGCAGCAGUAUGAGAGCAUGACUCAAGUAAAUAAUCAGGACAUGGAGGAUCAAAGGAAGAGUUUGGCAGACAUCAACCCCCCAGAGUUGGCUCCUUAUAAGGAGCAGGUGGGACAGGGCAGAAGUUUAGAGGGAGCUGCAAAACCAGUUGAAAAGGAUGAAUCUGAAGUCCAAAAGGUCGAGGCAGAGAAGGCACCAGAGUGGUUAGAGAGACUUGUAUCCCGGCUGCAAAAAAGGGCUGAAUUCUUACGCCAACUCUGCCAAGAGAUUUCUAAUGACAAUGGAGCAGAGUUCAGUGUGGAUGAUAACUGGGAAAAUGCCUCUGCAGCUGAUUUAAACUGGAUGCAGGAGCAGGCAAAGUUCAUUUAUUUGUCAGACAGGCUGCACUCGGAUUUACAGCAGCAGCAAAGCGAGGUGUUAAAGGACAAACUGCAAGCUUUGUGCAAAGAGCAGGAUAUCACUUUGAAGGAUGAGCAGGCGGCUUUCAAUCAUACUUUAUGUCAGCUUCAGGAGGACAACAGUGCUUUAAGAGAGGAGCUGGAGUGUGCUGAGCAAAAGAUAAUAUCUGCAGAGACUGGAAACCAGAGACUCCUGGAAGACAUAAGGAAAAUCGAGGAUUAUCAUGAGGAGCGGAUAAAAAAACUGGAGACAGAGUUUCAGGAGAAGAUAAGGGAGCUACAACAGAUACAUGAAGAAGAGAUGAAACACUUGCAUGGUUACUAUACCAAGUCUUCCAAAGAGAAACAGAGCAAAACCCACACAGAGGCAUCUGCUUUCAGUGAUCAUACCUCCUCCCUACCAGACCAGACUGUGAUGGAGAGGAAAACAAUGCUGGAAGGUAGAGCAGUAGCCAUGAGAGGGGAAUACCAGAAAGAUCUAGAAAAACUUGAGGUAUCCUGUGAUCAGAGUUUCACUGCUAUGGAGGAAAUGCACAGGCAGCUGAUAGGUGACUUACAACAGCAGCAUCAGACAGAGGUGGCAACACUGCUGAAGGAGAAAGACAAGCUGCUGCAGGAAGAGACAGCUGCCACAGUGGCAGCCAUUGUAGCGAUGAGGAGAGCCCAUAAACAGGAGCUAGAGAAAAGCCGACAGUCUCAGCACAUCAAGGAGAGCGCUGACAUCACAAAACUGCAAAUCGAAUAUGAGAAGGAGCUCCAGUUGAUGCAUAAGGAGCUCGAGGCGUUGUCGGUGCAGCACACUCAAAAAUGCCUGGAAAACUCUCAGCUGAGCCAGGAGCUGCACGAUGAGAGGCAGUCCUUGAUGCAGUACCAAAAAGAAAACCAGGAGCUCAAAAACAAGCAGAGAGAAACAGAUGAGAUGUCUCAGCUACAUUUCUCACUAAAUGGGAAACAGUCGCAUGUUGCUCCUCAAGUGAACGACUUCUAUGAGAUGGAGGUGAUUCUACGGGCGAGGGAGGCCGAAAUGCAGUUUCUCAGGCAGGAAGCUCGUUCUCUCAGAGAGGAUCUGAAGAUUGCUCGAAUGGACAAAAUAUACGCCCAGAACAAGCUCAAGGCUCUCUAUGCGAACAGCCAGGAUGAACCCCAUCAUGAUCUCAACAAACUCUGUGAAGAUGUCAAGUUUGCCACUUGGUCUCCAGGCAGAGAUGCCUCAGGGCCGAGCCUCAAAGACAGUGUGACAAACACGGGUAAUGCGGCUUUUCUGAAGAAAACAGAGAAAUCAUCCCUCACACAUCAGAUCAGAGGAGUGAGAUCAAAGAGUUUAAAAGAAGGCCUCUCUAUCCAGGAAAGAAUGAAGCUUUUUGAGUCAUUCUAAUCCAAACAAGAUGAGAAGAAUUUCAGAGUAAAACUGCUGUUAAACGGAAGAUGUAUCUCUUCUUUGUUGUUACGACCCAUGUGUUAUAUUUUAUGUAAUUAUUUUUUACCUUGUAAAAAGUUGGUUUGUUGUUGACAUGCUAUGUACUUUGGAAUGUGUGUGAGAGGUAGAAAUGAGCGUCAGUAUACCACUAGAGGGAGCAACAAGCACUGGCUUUUCUAGAUAAACAUUUCUAAAAGUUAACUGUUAUUCAUUACACAGCAAUUACAAAAAUAAAUUAUAUUUAUAUUUUGUUCCUCAGUACAAUGUACAGUUUAACUUAUAGACAUAUUAUCUGUGUUUUCAUUAAAAUGACUCUGUGUUGCAUCAGUUGUAUAAAAACUGUCAUUAACAUGUUGUACCACUAGAUGUAGCAUAAUACAACAUAUGCUCUCACAUCAGAGGUGAUGUUGGUGAACCUGUAUCUGUUCUUUUGUUGUUUUAUGACCAAAAAUAUUUCAGCUGCAUAAUGAAGUAAUAGCAAGAACUUUAGGAAGGCCACUCUUUUUAUCGAUAUAU